UUUUUCUCCACUCACCAGCUGAACAUACUGGUGGAUACAGGAAGCAGUAACUUUGCUGUUGGGGCAGCUGCUCAUCCAUUCCUGCGCAGAUACUACCAUCGCUCACUCUCGACAUCUUACCGUGACCUUGGAAGAAGCGUGUAUGUUCCUUAUACCCAGGGUCGAUGGGAAGGCGAGUUGGGUUCGGAUUUAGUCUCUGUUCCACACGGCCCCAAUGCCACGCUCCGUGCCAACAUUGCUGCAAUCACCCAAUCUGAUCGCUUUUUCAUCAAUGGAUCCAACUGGGAAGGAAUUCUUGGACUGGCUUAUGCGGAUAUAGCACGGCCUGACGAGCGACUGGAGCCUUUCUUUGAUUCCCUGGUUCGCCAGACGCCUGUCCCCAACCUCUUCUCUCUCCAGCUAUGCGGUGCUGGCUUUACCCAAAACCACUCUCUGGGCAGCGCCACCGUUGGAGGAAGCAUGAUCAUUGGAGGCAUCGACACAUCCCUCUAUGUGGGAGAGCUUUGGUAUACUCCCAUCCGUAGGGAGUGGUACUAUGAGGUCAUUAUUGUGCGAAUUGAAGUGAAUGGACAGGACCUCAACAUGGACUGCAAGGAGUACAACUACGAUAAGAGCAUUGUGGACAGUGGCACCACGAACCUCCGACUACCCAGAAAAGUCUUCCAGGCUGCUGUCAAGGCUAUCGAAGCAGCUUCCUCAACAGAACAGUUUCCAUCUGGGUUCUGGCUAGGCGAACAGCUGGUGUGUUGGCAGGCCGACACGACACCCUGGAACAUCUUCCCAGUCAUCUCUCUCUAUCUGAUGAGUGAAAACCGUAAUCAGUCCUUUAGAAUCUCCAUCCUGCCCCAGCAAUACUUGCGGCCAGUUGAGGACGUAGCUUCUGCUCAGGAAGACUGCUAUAAGUUUGCUGUGUCCCCAUCUAGCACUGGCACGGUUAUGGGGGCAGUUAUCAUGGAGGGAUUCUAUGUGGUGUUUGAUCGAGAAAAGAGCCGAAUCGGUUUUGCUAUAAGCACAUGCCACGUUCAUGAUGAGUUUCGCAUUACCUCUGUGGAAGGACCUUUCUUCGGUAUUGACCUGGAGGACUGUGGCUACAACAUCCCCCAGACAGACGAGUCCACUCUUAUGACCAUUGCCUACAUCAUGGCGGGUAUCUGUGCUCUCUUCAUGCUGCCGUUGUGUCUCAUGGUGUGCCAGUGGCGCUUUGCUCGCUGCCUUCACCCGCAGGGCGACUUCUCUGAUGACAUAUCACUUCUCAAGUGAGCUGGUGAACUGGAGGACGAAGGGUAUCGCGGAGCCCACACAUUAGCUGGGUUUAUAUGGAGCCUUGUAGUCCGAUUAAAAUGAAACCGAAUGACUAAACGGAAUGAAAAUGCUCCUUAUAAACACCUCACUCAUAAUAAAAAGGCCCAAUCGGAGUGGAAUUUCAUUCGGGUUCACAAGGGUGGUAUUUUCGUUUUGCCAAUCCAACAAAUGUCAUGUCAACAGUUCAGUGGGAAUAGCCAGGCUGUGUCCGGUCUGCACAUGUUGUGUCUUGAUGUAAAUGCGUAGUGACAUUUACGCAGUUGAAAAUGGCAGCGUCCUACCAGAGCUCGGGUGCAACAGGAGAAAUUGUUUUAAACUACUUGUAACUUGUUUUUAUUAAGAUAACGCUUUAGUAAAAGUGUCGCAACAAUCACAACUACUGUGCUAAGUAGAUAAAAAUUGUGAUGUUUACAUCGAUAUCCGCAUGUCACAUGGCUCUAAAACGACUGUUCUGAUUCAUGUAAUGGGGCACGUAAGCGACGGACCAGAAUAGAUCACGUCACGUGAACAGUUGAACACAGAUCUUCAGUCGGAAUUAUUUCAAUUGGAAGGUCUCCAUGUAAACCCAAAAAAGGGAUGCAAGUUGUGCGGUGUUACAAAGUAAAAUAUUUUUCAGCAAAAUAAUCUGGAAAAUAGAUUGCAAGAUCUAAAGGGAAUUCACUCUACACUAAAAAGCACUUUGACUCUUGCUUUUGGGAUUGGGACCGCUCCAUCUUUGUUGUACGUACUUUAAAAUAGUAUGGCUGGUUGUCGUGGUGAUGCUAAGAGAAACUGCUGUGCAAUCGCUUAUUAACUGGAGGCUCGCUGCGUGGGCAAUGCAAAAAUAAUUAAAGACAUAUUUAUGAGAAAACUAAACCAUUUGAAAGAUAAGUUUGUCCUAGGAUAAGGCACAGGUCUGUGAUGGCAAAAAUGAUAUGAAUAGAAUGGUUUAUGUUUCACGCAGGCUCCUAUGCAGAUUUAUAUAUUAAAAAAGGAUGAAAAAGCAUUCAAAAAGGAAAAAAGUAGCUUUCAAUAUCUAUAUAUCAUUUCAAUGUAUAAUAAAUACUUUUAUAGAAACAGAUAUUUAUUAGAUGCUCAUGGUGGCCCUGAAGUGCGAACCACAGCAACCAAUAAUUAAGCCCAACAACGAAUGAAAAAAAUAACUAACCAAACAACAAAAAAUAAU